AUGUUCCCCGCAUCUGUGCGUACCGCCUUCCACCUGAAGAAGGCCAUAGAAUUAGCCGCAAAGCGUCUGAAGCCGAUAGGAGUAUGCGAGACCAAGCAAGAUUUAUUCAAAGCGGAAUACGAGCCCGAAAAGAUGGAUGACGAACACGACAAUGGUGGGGGUGAGCAGAAGAGCUCUGCCCAGAACAAGGCCCUCUUGAAAGAGCUUGCAGCCAUCUAUAGGAAUGACGGACGAGAUUAUUCGAGUGGAGUGUUGGAUGCGCCGUUCAUCCUUACCAUCACUCGUCCCGGUUGCGAAUUCUCUGGUGAAAUUCUAUCCCGCUCAGAUGAAGGCAGCAGAGGAACGAAUAGCAAGGAUGGAACGCCAAGCCCUGAUGCCACCAGCCAGGACCCAGUUACGGAACGGCUCAAGAAGUGGUUCGAAAACGGCGCCGUCUCAGGCUUCGGGGACGUCCGUGCACAGGAGACCAAAGUCAAUGCGAAUGUCCGGGAUGCACGCGAGAUUCCUGCAUCGGAAUUCAGCGUUUCGCCCAAUCUUAUUGAGCAAAUUCAAAAGUGCUGGGGUGACUAUUUUGUCCCCAGCUCUGUGCGCGUUGAGCCGUACAAGAUCCACAUGUACGGCCCCGGCGGACAGUUCAAAGCCCACAAGGAUACGCCGGAGAGGAACCUCGUUGGCACCUUCCUCGUCGGACUUGGGGACACAACCCGAAAGGGGUGUCUCUUCAUUGGCAAUCAGGUUUACGAUUCCUACAGGAACUCGGGACAUAAGGCGACGUCAGGUAGUUGGAUUGCUUUCCACCCUGACACCAAGCAUGCAGUCGCGCAGGUCAAAGACGGGUACCGCGCUGUAAUCGCAUUUAAGCUUUUCCGUAAGGAAAUAGAAGAGGUGAAGCAGACGUCCGUUAUACACAAGAAGAUGGAAAAAGUCUUGGAAAGGAUGCAGGCCCCGUUCGGCCUGCUCCUCGCACAUGAAUACUGCAUGGGAACUACCGUGCUCAGCGGUUUAGACAACAUCCUGAACGAGGCCGCUCAGGCAAUAGCGCUGACGAAGAAUGUGAACGUACACUUCCUCCCAGUACUCACGAAGUUCAAUGCCCAAGCAAGCUCAGGCGACACGGUUGACAUAGAUGAGUUCGACGUCGAUGCGAAAGUUUAUCCCUUCACGCAGACCCAUGUUGACGCAUUGCUAGAGGUGAAACAGAAGGCUUCGUCGGAGAGCGACCCUUCCAGCGACGAAGAUGAAGACAGGCAAGGUUCACGCAUGGAUCCUGACAAAACCGAAUGGCUGGUCAACGCGUUUGACAUUCCGUUCUACUCCAUUGAUUUUGACAAGACUGCUGUGACUUGGUCGCGCUUCGAGGAUGAAGGUGCCGAGUACACGGGAAAUGAAUCCAGGCCAUACACCGAAGAUAGCAUCUACUUCUCCUACGGAAUGGUCGUACUUCCGGAUGUGCGAGGACAGAAGAGGGCACGGGAUGAAGAUGGAAAUAGUGGUAUUGCGGGACCGUCUAAGAAGCGUGUAUGA